AUGUGGGCUUCCUCUCGCGUUCUUAUCUACCGCCUACCCGAGCGCGUGACCACUGAUUUGCAUCCACACACUUUUGCAUCUUACACCUUCCUCUCCUGGCUUCUUACUUACGAUGACCGCCCAAAACGAUGCGUCGCUGCCAAUACUCGACCUGCGCGACCUCGCGCAACCCGACACAGCGGCCGCGUUCGAGCGCAAGCUCCGCGACGUGACCCGCAACAUCGGCUUCUUUUACCUCGUCGGUGUGCCGCUUGGCGAUCUCGGGGAGCGGAUACUGGAAAGCGCGCGAGAGUUCUUCGCCCUGCCCGAGGAGGAGAAGAGGCAGAUCGAGAUGGUCAACUCGUGAGCACCACUAUGCUUGGAGACAGGACUCCCAUUGCCCGAGCUGUCGCCGUCGCAGGCGAAAGGAUCAGCAGGACGUUCGAGCUGACGCGCAGGCCACGGUUCUCGGGAUACACCCGCCCCUUCGGUGAGCGCACACAGGGCGAGGCGAACACGCGCGAGAUGCUCGACAUCUGGCCUGAGGUGCCGGCCCUAAGCUCCGAAGAGCUCGAAGGCAAGCCGGCCUACUACCGUCUCCCGGGGCCGAACCAGUGGCCAGCGGCUGUGCCGGGCCUGAAGGGCAUAGUGGGCGAGUGGCAGCGUGUAGUCGGCGACGCAGCGCACCUGCUCCUCCGGGCGUGGGCGCGCUCCCUGGGUCAAGAGGAGGACUACUUCGACCGACACUUCGAGAACCCGACGACGCGCAUGAAGAUUGUGCGAUACCCGCCUACGGACCGAAGCGAGAACGAGCCCCUCGGCGUCGGCGCGCACAAGGACGGAGGGUGCGUGACGCUGCUCUGGGUCCAGCCUGGCGUGGGCGGGUUGCAGGUCUGGCGUGAUGGGGCGUGGGCUGACGUUGCCCCGGCUCCCGAAGACGGGUUCGUGUGCAACAUUGGCGAGAUGGUUGAACUCGCUACAGACGGAUACCUCAAGGCCACGGUACAUCGCGUCGUACCCGGAGAGGAGCGCAUCAGCGUGCCCAUGUUCUUCAACCCCGGCCUCGAGGCCAGGUUGCCGAAGAUCACUUUGCCGGAGGAGCUGAAGAAGGAGGUGGACGGAGAGAGAGGAGAACGGAAGGUGGACACCACGCACGACGAUCAGAUCUUCGAGACUUAUGGUGACAACUUGCUCAAGUCUCGGUUACGCUCGCACCCCGACGUUGCGCAGAGGUGGUACGCAGACCUCCUCGCUGCCAAGUAG